GAAAAACUCAUCAUCAUCGAAAUGUACUUCUCCACCAGUUCCAGGAGAGGGAGCGAAAGCGUGGGCCAAAGUGCAUCCUGGUUCAUCAAAAGGAUAAGCAUCACCGUGAUCUGAAGGAAAGAGCUUUUUUUCCAGAUCAACCAAGCGCACAUGUGUUCUUGAUAAAGUAGUGGCCCAUAGACUACCAACAUCCAGCAAUGUCAGAUGGAACCUUCACAGCCAUGCCAUCAAUACCGUGUUUGAGCACAGAGAGGACCUCAUCCACUGUUUUGAAAGCAUACGAGACUCGGGUAGCUUUGACCCUAUUACUGUCAGAGAGGCAGGAGCCUUCGCCCUGCUGCUGGAGGAUCAGGAUUUUAAGUUCUUUCUGCAACUUUUCCACCAUAUCAUGCUUCAUGUGGACCUCCUCUGUGCCAUACUCCAGAAAAAGGACAUUGAUUCAGCCCAUAUCAAGGGGAGCAUCCAGCAGUUCCAGCAGGACAUACAAAAGAUCAGAAUUUCUCUCCAUUCCAUGGUCGACCAAAGUAGUGUAGGUGGUUCUCAGCCAGAGAAGAGGUGUCAGUCACUCAGUCCAGAGGUCCAUGAAAGGAUUGCAGCAGAGGUCUGCAAGACCAUACUGGGACACACCAGGGAAUGGUUCUCUUUCACAAACCACCUUGUUCGUGCCACACUGCUUCAAGGCGACAGGUUUGAACAGUACAAGAUGGCAUUUCCUGAAGAUGCACUGAGCAACACCUUGAAGGCUUAUCCAGUGCUCCAUGGAAGUAAGUUGAAGACAGAGCUUAGUCACAUCUACAGCAAGGAAGAGUUCAGAGCCUGUUGUGGUGCUGUGGACCUACUCCAGCUGUUUAUGGAGAACAAUCUUGAAGAAGACUUUUCAGAGACUGUCACUCUCCUAAAGAUCCUCAUCACUACACCCAUGAACACAGCGGAAGCUGAGAGGUGCUUCUCAACCUUAAAAAGAAUGGACUUUUCUGAGAAAAAUGAAACAUGACCCAGGAGAGGCUGAAUGCAUUGGCCAUUCUGUCAAUGGAAAAGAGACUGGUGACUGAUAUGACUGACUUUAACCAGAAAGUCAUUGAAAAUUUUGCAGGCCAGAAGGAAAGGAGGGCAAAAUUUAUGUUCAAGUAGUGCUACUGGCCAGUGUUUAGGCAACAUUACAGUGUGUUUUGUUUUUUGGUUUGUAUUGUUUGUUAUAACAGGCCAUUAAAAUGUAUAUAAUUAAUAUAUUGAUAGACAUUAAAUUGAUUUAGCAGAAAUUAAGGUUUUGACAUUAAAAAGUCUUAAGUUUGAUGCACUGCACUGCAUUAAGUGUUUUCCUUUGAGUUUUCAAAAUAUACGUUCCAACUGAUAAUUUGAUUGAUUUGAAUUUAAUUCAGUUCUUUAAAUGUAAUUAUUUUCUAAGGUUUCAUAUAUUGUUGGUGCUUUUAAAUGGGUUAAAUAUUGCUUUGAGUGGGUUUGGUGUUUUUUUUUUUGUUUGUUUUUUUCAGUUUGUUUGCAAAUUUUUUUAGCACCAGCGUCUGAUUCUUACUCACUAAAACACAUUUCGCACUGUGAUGCACUUGUGUUGCGAAAUGGUAAACACAGGCAGCAAAAGCUAAACACAACUACAACACGUUUGUCAUCAUUUACACACGACUCAACGACUGUAUUUUUCAUUUAGAGUGUUCUUUGGGGUUUUGCAGUUGGCAAACUAUUGCAUUUUUACAGUAUGCAAGUGCUGAAUAUACAGACAUUCAAUACUGUAUUACUUGUAGUACAUACAGUAUACAAUAUAUUCACUGUACUACUGUAAAUUGUGAUUAUUAGACUACAGUUUGCAAGUGCACAUGGGGACAAAGAUCUUACUUUUUUGGAGAAAUGUCCUCUGGUCCGAUGAAACAAAAAUGUAACUGUUUGGCCAUAAUUACCAUCGUUAUGUUUGAAGGAAAAAGGGUGAGGCUUGCAAGCCGAAGAACACCAUCCCAGCCCUGAAGAAUGGGGGUGGCACCAUCAUGUUGUGGGGGUGCUUUGCUGCAGGAGGGACUGGUGCACUUCACAAAAUAGAUGGCAUCAUGAGCUUGGUCGCAAAUGGGUCUUCCAAAUGGACAAUGACCCCAAGUGUACCUCCAAAGUUGUGGAAAAAUGGCUUAAGGAUAACAAAGUCAAGGUAUUGGAGUGGCCAUCACAAAGCCCUGACCUCAAUACGAUAGUAAAUUUGUGGGCAGAACUGAGAAAGCAAGUGCGAGCAAGAAGGCCUAUAAGCCUGACUCAGUUGCACCAGUUCUGUCUGGAGGAAUGGGCCAAAAUUCCAGCAACUUAUUGAGAAGCUUGUGGAAGGCUACCAAAAACAUUUGAUCCAAGUUAAACAAUUUAAAAGCAAUGCUACCAAAUACUAACAAAGUGUAUGUAAACUUCUGACCCACUGGGAAUGUGAUGAAAGAAAUAAAAGCUGAAAUAAAUAAUUCCCUCUACUAUUAUUCUGACAUUUCACAUUCUU